AUGCCGCCAGUCAACGAACCGACGACCACAGCUUCGCCUGGGUGGCCGGUCGGACUGCCGCAGGUAUGUCUUACUUUCCACGUGUUUGUUCCGAUAAAUGACCGUGCAAAAUUUCAGAUAAAAUCACAAGUCGAUCUCAUCAAUUUCGCUCGUGGACUUCUUACGUCGCCGGCGGCGACGACGUCAACGACUUCACGCGAUCUCCAGAAUGUGAACCCGAUCAUCGCAGCGACGCCGCCGGUGAGGUCACCAGUAGUGACUGGCGUGAAUGCCGCGAACAUUGGCCAGCAAAUCGGUGGGUUACUCUACUUUAUUAUUGUUGUAUGAAAAGUUUAAGCAGCGGGAAAUAGCGCGAAAAAAAGCAGAAUAUUGAGGAAAACAGCUCGGAAUUGAAUUCUGAAAAUCCCAUUCAAAGAACAAAAAAUGACAGUUUUCAGGGCUCCCGCCCCUCGGCACUCUGUCGGCAUUCCCGCCAGAACUUCUUCUCCAAUUCGCCAGACUGGAUCAUCUAAACUUCUUUCCGUAAGUCUUUAGUCUUUCCUUAAUUAUUGCUGCUGCAAUUAAAUGCGCCUCUUUCGUCCAACUUCUGCGCAUAACCUAAUUUCUAUACAUUCUCUGAAUCUCGGGUCUAGACAAUCACUGGUCUGCUCCCAUUCUGACUCUGCACUUUGACUUGUGAUUUAUGCUUGACGACUAGCCGGCUGACUAAUGAAAUUUCGCAGCAUAAAUGUCUGAUGCCGAAACCAUUGAUCAGUUUUCAAGCACUGAUUGAUUGUUUCAAUGAUCUUUCAAAAACGAAACGCUCCCCACGGUCGGCGCUUUUCCUUCUCGUUGUAUCCAACCACCCUCACCCCUGUCAUUGGCAGUAGUGCAUAGAAAAGUGGAAGUAAGAGAGCAUCGAAACAAAGAUCCGCAUGUUGCAUGACACACGAGAAGUGUGUGUGAGAGCAAAGGUGCAGAGUACAUUCGGCUGCGAAAGGAAAUCCAAGCUUCCGAUUUUUAAAGAAGAGAAAUGAUGCAGGUGAAAAGGAAGUGGCCAAAGGCAGAGUGCGAAAAGAUUUUUUUGACGAGGGAGUGAAUGGGAGAAGAACUUGCCUCGGACUGCAAACAUCUGGUGCGGCGUCCUUCCGUUCUCAUAUUUACCCGUGUGCCAAACGUUCCAACUACCGCCUUCCUGAGUCAUCAUCGGAACAACCCGCGAUGGGACAUGCGCAUCACAACAAUAAUAGCGGAGGGUCAGAGGGGGGACACGACCAAAGAUAUCUCCCUUUCUGCCAUCAUAAUACGUUUCUUCGCACAUUGCGGGUUAGUUAGGGCUCUAAAAGCUUCGGCCAUUCAUUCAUUACUUCUUGGUCACCUCACACAUUUAUUUUUUCCGCGCCCAUUCUCGGCUGCAUAGUGGUGACGUUUCAAGUGUCAGCGGUGCAGCAAAGUCGGCGUCUGACUGGGUGCCAAACUUCAUUCUUCUUUUUCCGUCUUAAUUCUCCGUCUGGCUGCUUUGCAAUUCCUAGACUUCAUGUGAAUUUGCGCUUCAAUGAGUCCAUCUUGUUGCACAAAAAAAGUUCAAAGGUUCAGAGUAUCAUUUUACUUUUCUCCGCACACAUCCUGAAAGAGAACGAGUGCCGCGUGCUUGAAAAAAGAGAGAAGAGAUGGCAAAGAGACGGAGAGUGGCGCUGAACUGUGCAACGUCGUAAUGUUUCCGCUUGCCCGUUUCGGUUUGCGAUUUUGCACAAACUAGAAAUCAUUCUUAUCAGUCUGUGCUGACCCUCUCUUCCAAUUGACCCCUCGCAACAGAUCUUUGUCACCAGUGCUUCUCACUCAAAUAAGAGCAAAGAUCGUCGAGAGCAAAGCUCUUUCCCGCAAAAGUUUUCAUUAUGGUAGUGGCGACGGUGGCUCUUUUGUCGACAGAGUUGGUCAACAUACACCGCUUAUCUCUACGAAUUGACACAUGUUUGUCGCGUAUAGUUUGGUACUUGGCGACAUGCCAGCUAGGCGCCAAUACGUGAAUGGCAGAGUUGAGCGGAAGUGGAAUUUUGAAAUACGGAAGACGGCAGACGGCAGACGGAAGAAAAUUUUUCUUACGGAACACGGAAAACGGAAGACGGAAGAAAAUUUUUCUCACGGAAGAUGGCAGACGGAAGACGGAAGAAAACUUUUUUCCCGGAAGACGGCAGACGGAAUACGGAACAAAAAAUCGUCAAUUCAGAGCCUUUUUUCCGGUUUUUUUUUUGAAAAAAAUAACUAAUGCAACAAAACUUUUGGAUCUGGGUACUGCCCGUGGAAAUUCGCGUUCUUCGGGACUAGUAAAUGGCUCUUGAAAAACUAUUACUCUUUUACGGUAAGAAAAAAAAAUCCCGGAAGACGGCAGACGGCAGACGGAAGAAACAUUCUUUUACGGAAGACGGCAGACGGAAGACGGAAGAAAACUUUUCUCACGGAAGAUGGCAGACGGAAGACGGAACAAAAAAAACCACGGAAGACGGAAGACGGAAGACGGCAGACGGAAUUCCGCUCAACACUGGUGAAUGGAUUGGGCAGUUAGCUGAGUGACACUGGCCCUCGAUUCCCUUGACGCUAAUCUAUGUUCGUUGUUUUAAUGGUGCUGUUGUAGUUGUGUUUUAUGUACUUCCUGUCGACAUCAGCAGCACUCAAGUGACGUAGAAAUCAGAAACGAUUCGAAUUAGAAGAAAGACGGCGCAUCCUUCGGAACUUGAUUCCACACACACACACGUUGUUUCCAUUUCUCGCCCAUCAUUCUCUCAUCACUUUCCUAUUCAUCUUCUUUUGCUUGUAUUUGGUCGCUUUAUGUGCUUCAUGUUCGGUUUUGGUGGACCCCUAAUGCGUGAUCACCUGCGUAGAUAAAAGUGAUAUUUUCCCUAUAAUUGGUUUUGUGCAUUUGCGUAUUUACGUUCAAUUUCUGAGAGAUCAACAGCACAAAAUACGGCGCCAUUUCGUUGGUUGUACUGAGUAUGAAUGACAUACUAACUAAUAGGUCUUCAAGUAUUCGGAGAAAGAACCUCCCGCGCGUUCAAUUGUUUGUCAAUCGGUCGUUCAACCUUGUCGAUGGAUCGGGAGACGAGAGAGCGGCGGUAAAGAAAUACGACGUCCCUUUCAAUGUUUCUUAUUCCUUUCUCCUUUGGCUAGUUUAUCUAUCCUUCAUUAAAAAGUUUGAACUGAUGAACGGCGAGCAAACAAAAGCAUCGAAAAAACGUGGAAGAGUUUCACUAUCCUUACCUUCUUUUAUAAAAAAACAAAAUUCGUGUUCGUGGCUUGUUUACGUCGGAAAACGGGUUGAAACGGUAGAUUCCCUUUGAUCUCUGCUCAGUGCCACGUCUCUGUGUCUCUGUUUCUCUUCCACCAGAUAUAAUGAAUGCUUAUGACUAAUCGCUGCACUCGGUUCGCUGACUACCAGUACCUUUCAAUCUUUAUUCGUCAACUACUCCCCGACGAUCGUCAUUACGAUUCAAAAGUUUAUUUUGGCAUGAUCCCUGUCUCAACCUACCUAUUGUGUAUUGAAUGUAACAUUUCGUGAUGAACGAGAUGAAAGAAUUACACGGCAAGUACUAGGCACGACUCGCGAAGGAAAGAGAUCCGUACCUGCCACAGAGGACUUCAUCCAUCUGGCUUCUAUAUAAUUUUGAUCAAAACACGGCAGUUCUGCUUUGAAAUUAAAACCUUUUCACUUGAGAAAAUGCAUAUAAAUAUGGACGGAACACUAUAGUGUAGGCGGGGUUUCUCGAUCUCACGAUCUGCCAUAACUUCAUUAAGUUCGCGAAUCGCCACGCGACCUCUCCAGAAACCUGCUAUGCAGCACGAAACAUUCCUCUUCUCGGGCAGCCAAUUUGCAUUGAAAACAGCCUCGACCGCCAAAUUUUGUGUCCUCGAUUCGACCCUAUAGAUGAGAUUAUAUCUCUGUGAACGAGAAAAGCACUGGUUCCACACGAGUGUGGAUUUGCCAAACGAUAGAAAAGAAAGGAGACGUUGCUAGGCAUUCUCGUUCUCUGAACAAUUUCGUGUAAGUGUCCCCAGUCCCCAAUGUUGGCAACUAUUUUGUGCACGAGGUUUGGUGCCGGAGAGAGAGGCAAACGUGUGGGAGAGCGGGAAGAGAAGCGGCGAAGGACGCGUGUUUCGCCACCACUACUCGGACGACGACGGGGAGUACGUGGGGCUGCUGGAGAUGCCUGGGUCUCGUCACCCCGCCACCCUCUUCACGUAGGCUUCUCCUAUUCAUCGUCGCCUUCGGGGUCCUAAAAAUGGAAGAGUCGCUUCGGAUUUCAAAUUUCCAGUUUUUAGUCCGCGUGUCUUUACAGUUGAGUCCCGCUCUCCCAUCUAGACGGAGUCUCGUAUUUCCUUCCACGAGUACGUCUAUCAAUUCAUGGUCCCAUUUUCUUUUCAGUUUUCUUCUCAGAUUUCGCUUUCAUUUCCUUCCCAACCUGAAGGUGUGCGCAAGAUGUCCAAGAUUUACAUCUCCGAUUAGGCAGACUUCUUCUCAUUUCUGCGUCCUUCUCUCGUAGUUUCCCGUCCGAAAAGGAUUCGCGCGUCAUCAAUGAAUGAAGUUUCUCGUUUUAUUUGGCACUGUUGACCACCACACUUGUGUUCUCCUCCUGAUCUUUCCUUUAGCAAAAACGCUUCAUUAUCAAUCAAUAGAAAAUCAAAAGAAAAUAUUUUUAUUCUCGAAUUCUCUCAUUUGUGGCCAACUGUUUAACGGAAUUGCAAAAGUGCUCAUUCUUCUUUUGAUUUCAGAGCAGUGGGCUCACCGACGAAUCCAUCCACGUCCUCGUGCCCGGAGCCGUCGACAUCGCAGCCGCACGCCGCCCCUUUGAUGCCAUCGGGUCCGUCGAUGGCACACGGGACAACGACAGAUCAGCACCAGUUAAGACCGCAACAGCAGCCGACACAGCAGAAGGAGGUGGUGGGAAUGCUCCCGAUGGCGAGAAAGUACUCGAUGGAAACCCUUCAGCAUCAUGACAUGCAGCACCCACAUCAACUACACUAUCUACCAAAUCGUGAGUUUUCAAUUGAAAAUCAAAUAGAGAAUAUGUUGAUGAUGACGAUGAUAUUUGUUGUUCCGAGAAGCAAUGAUCAUCACCGGAAAACGCAAUGAAUGUUAGAACAAGCGUUUAAAAUCCACCCGCCCAAAAGAGUCGUAAAUAGUACGCUCAUGCUCAAUUUGGAUCACUUCUCACAGAGUCCAUCUUCUGAGAAUCUGAUUUUCGGAAAAUAGCAGUGCAAUUCAGCUUUCAAGUUAUGCACUUCGCACUAGAACCCUACCCGGUCGGCACACAUACCAUUAAAGAGGACAAUAAUCAGUGAUUAUGAAGGGUCAGUCUGGCCGUUUGCGCACCAGUCUCUUUCGGAGCAGAGAACAACGUCAAAUAGUGCCUUCAGACUCGGUGCCACCUGGAUUUUCAGGACUAGAGAAUAUUCGGAGACUUCAAUUACACCGUUGAUCCCGUGAUUGUCACUUUAAUCACUUUACACCUCUGCAAUCCGUCGAUCUUCUGCUCCAUCUCUCACACCUCGAUCUCUCUCCUUCUAGGGCCUUUCCGCAUCGCACUCUAGUUUCUUUGUGUCCGUGAUGUCACCCUCCUCCACCCGCCGGGACUCUCCUCGACUCUGAUGCCUGUGGCGCUGUAUCGCCUGCGCUCCGACUGUUUGCUCAACCGAUCACAGUUUGUUUAAUGCUCGCCGUAUGUCUGCGAGCAAAAUAACAGAAUCUCUGGUGGGCUGCGUCUCGCCUCGCUCCCUCUUCUCCCGCCGCACUCCCUUCCCUCCCGUGUCGAUCUCGCACUCCCACCACUCCAUACUACCAUCAUCAUCAUCAUCGUCGUCGUCAUCAACAUAAUUUCUGCCCCGAAACAUCGAUCUGUCUAUGCCGUUUUGAUACACACCGACUGUCUGUCCCCCAACCCCCUUUCCAAUAUUCCUACGUUUGCUAUGGAUGUGGCUCUUCUUCUAGACUUCAUGACCGCGUCCAACGACGUCUUUGCAUCGAUGGACAUGGGCCGGAAGCAGUCUCCUCCUGGUCUAUUUAAAAUCGGUAAGUCAGUCAGUCUCUUAUCGACGCCCGCCGUCCCGAGUUUGCAGCCAAAAACGAGCCCAGCAGCUCAUCGAACUCGCAGCCUGGCACACCGUUGAUGAGUGACCGGAGAGCGGUGAGCGCAAAGAAUUAGUUGAAUCGUGAAGAAUUAAGAGCGUUCUAGGUUCCUGCGUGCGCCAUCUGUGGCACCGAUUCAACAGGAAUCCACUUCGGAGUGGAUGCGUGUGCCGCCUGUUCGGCUUUCUUCCGACGGACGGUCGUUUUGAACAAAGACUACGUCUGCAACAAAGGAGGAAAUUGCACAGUUGUCAAAGGUGAGAAUGAAACCAUAGUUUGUGUCGGCAAAACUUUGCAUGUGUGCAAGUUGCUUUAUUAGUCCUCUGAUGCAAAAAAUAGCAGAAAAAACAUAUAUAUUUCCGCGAAAAACAAAAACGUGCACAUCAUGGAUAGAAUAAGUUUGUGUUUUCUGACUAGUGACGGAAAUGUACUUCAAAGUUCUGUGUUCUUCGUCCCGCUCCCUUCGAUCUCAACUAUUCCCAAUGUUCAUUUUAGAUGGAUCGGCCGGACAGAAGUGCAGAGCGUGUCGAUUUCGAAAAUGCAUAAAUGCAGGGAUGGACAAGAACUGUGAGUUGUUUGAUCGGUCGCCUCCUUCUCGCAAUGAGCAUUGUUAUUGCAGCUGUCCAACAUCGUCGCGAUGCGAUAGGGAAGUACUCGGCGGGAGUAAAACGAGAACUAAGUCCCGACGGAGAGUACGAACCGCCGCCCAAACUAUCUGCGAUCUGCGAGCCCAGCACUUCUCAGGCAUCCGUUCCCACUGCCGCCGCCUACUAUUCGACGCCUCCAAACGCCGGCUUUCCGAGAGUUUCGAGCAAUCUACGAGCACAACUCAACAACGUUUUUAAUAACGGACAGAAGUCAGUGCUUCACGAGUUGAUAUGUCGGCAGAAGUUCCUCACCGAACAGAGGCAACUGUUCUACGCAGGAUGCCUCGGAGACUGGUUCCGGAAACCGUCAGCCACUGAGAACGUGAGAAGUAGCCUCGUUUCAGUGCGCCUCAAUAACCAUUUCUUUCAGCAAACCCUCUACGAGCUCACCGACUUCUCAAACUGCAUGUACCACUUGUGGAAGAUCGAACCAAGACUCGCCGCGGAUUUUAUGAACCGAAAUCGAUACUUAGAUCCAUUACCGCUAGUUGAGAAACUGAAGAUAUACCGUAACUUUGUGAUCAUGCGGCAGUCCGUUGAAGAACCGUAUCUGACGUGGAGACAUGGCGGACUUGAGAAAAGAUGGUUCGUAAUGCCGAAUAACACUUACAUUGACUUCAACGAACCCGAGAAAUACUUCACGAAUGGAGCGCUCAAGGAUUUGAAGCUUGACUAUGAAACGACCACUAAGUGAGUGGAAAGACAGCGGGUUCACUUCAUUAUAAUCAUCUUCAUUCAGUCUCUUUCUGCCCUCGUUCACCCAUGCAAUGGACACGAUUGGCGAGAAUAUGAAGAAGAUCUGCGUGACCGAGACGGAGCUCACCGUGCUUCUGGGACUCGUCCUGCUCGAUCCCGGUGUCUAUGGGAUACUUGAUAGCACUCGAGAAUUCCUCAAGAACAUUCGCGAUCAGCUCAUUCAAGAUGUGUACAUGUACUACGAGGACGAAAUGUCGCAUUUGUACGAGCCCGAAAUUCGAAUGGCUGACCUGUUUAUGCUUGUCGCGGCAAUCAAGGUACUUUACCGUUCUCAAAUUGAAUUCCAUUAACCUCUUCUCGACUUUCAGAUUCAUUCGAUCAAGACUUCUGAGAACAUGCACAUGCUCCGAGUGUUCGACCUGAUUCCAGCAGACUCGUGUUUCAAUCAGAUGCUCGACGUGGAAAGUGUGAAUGUAUCUCCGGAUGGAAAAAAGGACCAAGAAGCAGAACAGGGUCCGAGCCCGGUGUCCAUUCCAGAAUCGGCACAUGAAUCAAAUCUCCUCAAUGAGGAAACCCCACCGACGUUACAGGAAACCAGUGACGAGUAG